UAAAUACGACUGCCAGUUUCGCAUUUUCUUCAUUCGGCAUCGCAGAGUUCGCCAUCGAGUAAAUUAGCUGCUGAAUCGUCAUGAAGUACACGAUCCUUUUACUGUUGGCAUUUGUUAUGGGAUGCACCGCCCAGAGAGCCAUGUACCCGCACAGUGCUGGUCGAUUCCCCAACACACAGACUGUCGGCGAUCAAUUUCAAUGUGAAAAGGAGUUGCAAAAGAUGAGCCAGCGGUUGAAUGACACGAAUGACGCGAUUGAAACGUUGAAAAAGCAGCUGAAGGUCGAGAAUGAGCAACUCAAAAGAGAAUUGGCCGAAAUAAAAAAAAAUUCUGGGGGAAAUGUUUCACAAUUUAAAAAGCAAUUGGACGGUCAGUCUCAAGUGCAGGAAUCGCUCUCGUUGAGCGUUGACCAAUUGAGUAAAGUAUUUACUACUAAAUAUGAGGGUAUGUUGAACCAAAUGGCGGCAGAUACCAAUCAACUAUAUUUUGACUUACAGAGAAGAUUGUCCGAAACCGAUAUGACAUUAAAGGAGACCGUGAAUAAAUUUGAAGAAUUUAAGACCAAGUUUGAAGAGAUUCAAACUGGCCAAAAUUCAGGCAAAAUUGAUUUAGUAUCUGGAAAAUUGGGGGAAAGAAAUUCAGCCAUCGAAAAUUUGAGGACAGAUUUCGAAAAAACUAAGCAAAACUUGACGGACACAAAUUCAGCCCUUAAACAAUUGCAAGAAGAUUUCCGAGUUAGAGGACUUCCCAAAUCCAUCGGUAAAAUGCCAACAUCCUGUGCGGAUCUCAAACAAAUCGGAUAUUUAAAAAGCGGAGUGUACUCCGUCAUGGGCGGAAAAAAUGUCCUGAACGUCUACUGCGAUUUCACGGUCGACGACAAAAAAAUGGAGAAGCUGAUCGGACCACCGUCAAAUUGAACAAAAAAAGGCAAUGACUUUGGGUACCAUUUCUCUCUAUAACAACUACCGUCACUCGAAAAUCUUUGGCUGUCUCAUCGAGGAAAUCAUUUCACAGAAAAAUGUGUCCGAACAUUUGAAAUCUUUAAUUUAAAAAUGGGGCUUGGGAAGCAAAUACAAAGACAAAUUUCUUGAAAUGAAAA